AUGCAUCACCAUCUUUUGCCCUCACUCCUCGCAGCCUCUCUUAUAUUUGCUCAAGCGAGCCGCGCAACCGCAGCCCGUGUGCGCCGUGACAAUGGAUUCGAGGUGACCAGACCCAAGGCGGGUGAUACGAUCGUUCUUCCGGAGUACAGCUUCGACGACAAGCUCAUCCCCAUCCGAUGGACUGUUCCCGAUGAACUCAAAGAUCGUCCUGUCAUUGUCGCUCUGGUCUCAGGCUCUAACCCGGAUAACCUCACUACUAUCGAGACCGCGGCUUCUGAUGCAAGGAACAAUGGCACACUGGACUGGAUGGCAGAUAUCUCCUCCGACGCACCAUCCGCCUGCAACUACUCCAUUUACCUCAAAGUAUGGACUGACUUCGCCUACUCCGGAUACUUCACCAUUAUCAAUCCGGAUGAUGGUGGCAUUGACACAGAUUCGCGGUGUCCGGUAGAUCACGGCUUGCAGAGGCCGGCAAAUGGGAGCUAUAUGUCUACCGGCAAUGACGCACAGGAGACCUCCAGCAACGACGACGAGCAGCCGAAUGCCGACACCACGUCUGAAAGUACAGGAGGUGUCACGACGACGACUGUCACUGUCGCCGUCGCCGUCCCGAUUGUCGUCCUCCUGCUUCUAGUUGCGGCUGGCCUUUACAUAGGCGUUCGAAAAGGCUGGUUUGUGCGCAAAGCCGACCGCGAUGCCUUGUCCAGAUAUCAAAACGGAUAUGCUGGCGAUGUCUCGCUGCGUGCUAAAGACGGAGUCGGCAUCGAGGCUAGAGAAAGAGAAGGGUUGGGUGAGCUGAAUGGGCAAUCACGGCCACAUCUGCUCAACAGCACGGAAGUCUAUCAGCUGCAUGGAGAUGAAGGAAGGCGGUAUUGA